UCGGUUCAGUUUUCCUACGUUCGUUCGUUCAUUGACCACGUCGCCAUCGGUUGGAGCUCGCCACUAUUCUCGUUGCCUUAAAUAGCACUUCUGCGCACUUGCAUCGUCACCCGUGGCUUUUUCUCAAGCGAAAUUGUAACAAAAAUCUGCCAAAUUGUGAUAGUUUCUAACGCGAGCUAAGGAGCCUACAGCGGAUCGAGGAAAUCGAAACAGUAGCGAGUGAAAAUCAAAUCCCCGUUAACCUUGGUAAAGGUCCACAUCCGCGAAUCACUCUAGUGCUGUUCCCGUAAUUGCAAUUGUAGUGAAAAAAUAAACAACUUGUGUAUUUAUUAUUACUUAUCGUCGUGGCUUGCUGUGGUGGUUGCUGUUGACGGGAAGGCGGCAGAGUAAACUAUUUUGGCAGGCAACAGAACGAGAAAUAGGCAGCAAUAUGAGACCAGCAGCAUCUAGUACUCAACGAGAUUCGCAACGAGUAGCAGUACCGAAGAUCGCAGCAGCCACCAGCCAAGUUCCGGAAAACCAACGAUUCUAUGCCCGUACUAUCCCGAAGGCUCCUUCGAUCCAACUAAUGACAACCGGCAAGAGUCACUUCAACCAUCAAAGUCGUCAUUUUCCGUUCCGUUUGGUACCGCAAAAAUACAAAUUGCUGCAUAGCAAUCGGCACCGGAAGUGUGAAGCUGUUGAACAAAGGACCUUUCUGAUCAUAUUAUUUUUUUUUGUUAACUUGAAGAAUACAUUCCUUGUGAAGUGUGCAAAAAUUGCGCGUUGACCCCAUUUAGGUGAUUUUGUUAUUGUUUCGGAUUAUUUGCGUCAAAACAAAAUACACUGAAACGCGCACGUGUAGAAGAGGUAGUGUUGUGUAGUGAUUGGGCGCGAGUGGAAACAAAUCCCGGCGAUUAGUUUGUUUAGUAUUGCAAGUGGUAAAUAUUGUAUAUUGAAUUAGAGGUGUUGCAACCUGCUGUGCAAGUGUAUUUUCGUACUACCGACGACCGAACACGUCCUGAGAUAAUGGCCGCAGUAGAUAGCAGAAGUGACCGCCGUCCGAACACCGGCGAACCAUCCGUAUGGAUCUUCGGCUACGGUAGUCUCUGCUGGUAUCCGGGAUUCGAGUACGACAAAUGCAUCACGGGUUACAUUCGAGGCUACGUGCGCCGCUUUUGGCAGGGUAAUACGACCCACCGGGGAACCAAAGACAAGGGCAUCACCUGGGGCUGCGCCUUCCGAGUGACAGGUAACCUUGCCCUGGACUACCUGAGACAGCGCGAGUGCACCCUCGGAGGCUAUUCGGUCGACUACAUCAAGUUCUUUCCGCGCGUAGCCAGUGAACAUUCCGGAAUCAGUGGGGAAGCUUUCCUGGCGCUGGUUUACGUGGCGACACCGAAAAACGAACACUGGAUCGGCGAGGAACCGAUGGUCGAAACGGCACGGCAAAUUACCCAGUGUGCCGGACCGAGCGGACAUAACGUAGAAUAUCUGAUCCGGUUGGCAGUGUUCAUGCGGGAAGAGCUACCGGGCGCAUCCGACGAGCAUCUGUUCGAGCUGGAAGGGUUGGUGCGAAGGUUCGUUGCCGAAGCUAAUGUGCCUAUUGGUAGCUUGCUGGGUAGCACACCGCGUCGCAUACGGAGAGAUUCACACGAGGAAAUCCGGCGGCACGUUUCGUUCGAGUACACCUCGCGCGUUCCCGAAAAGAAGCUACGCUGUUUGAACAUAUGAAGCACAAUAAGUCUAUUUAUGUUUUUUUUUUUUACAUUUUCACCGACAACAUCACUACGAGUCAUAUAUGUUUACGGGAAAGCGUUUAUCAAGUUUUCCAGUUUAUAGGUUUUUUAAGUUAGAACUUUUUUUGCUAGAGCACAUUAUGUUUUUUUAAUGUUUAACUAUAAGGAAGCGAUAUAGACUACAGAAAUCAACCAAAAAACCACAGACAGCUAAAGUAUAAUCUAUCAGCUUUUCAUUGAAUAAAAAGAUCCAAUUUACAAACGAAAA